GCGCGGCGGCGGCGGCGGCGGCGCAGGGAGGGCAGGACGCGCACCGUGCGCUCCAACCUGCUGCCGCCCCCGGGCGCCGAGGACCCCGGGACCAGCGUGGCCAAGGGCGCGCGGCGGCGGUGCGCGGGCACCCAGCACCUGGCCGACAACCGGCUCAAGACCACCAAGUACACUCUGCUGUCCUUCCUGCCCAAAAACCUGUUCGAGCAGUUCCACCGCCUGGCCAACGUGUACUUCGUCUUCAUCGCGCUGCUCAACUUCGUGCCGGCGGUGAACGCCUUCCAGCCCGGCCUGGCGCUGGCGCCCGUGCUCUUCAUCCUGGCCGUCACGGCCUUCAAGGACCUGUGGGAGGACUACAGCCGCCACCGCUCCGACCACGAGAUCAACCACCUGGGGUGCCUCGUCUUCAGCAGGGAGGAAAAGCAGUACGUGCACCGACACUGGAAGGAGGUCCGUGUGGGAGACUUCGUGCGUCUUCGCUGCAAUGAGAUCAUCCCCGCGGACAUUCUGCUGCUCUCCUCCAGUGACCCCGACGGGCUAUGCCACAUCGAGACUGCCAACCUGGAUGGAGAGACCAACCUGAAACGGCGCCAGGUGGUCCGAGGCUUCUCCGAGCUCGUCUCCGAGUUCAACCCUCUGACGUUCACCAGCGUGAUCGAGUGUGAGAAGCCGAACAACGACCUGACGAGGUUCCGUGGUUGCAUCGUGCACGACAGCGGGAAGAAGGCUGGGCUCUACAAGGAGAACCUGCUGCUCCGCGGCUGCACCGUCCGCAACACUGAAGCCGUCGUGGGCAUCGUCAUCUACGCAGGGCACGAAACCAAGGCUCUGCUGAACAACAGCGGGCCCCGCUACAAGCGCAGCCAGCUCGAGAGGCAGAUGAACUGCGACGUGCUCUGGUGUGUCCUCCUCCUCGUUUGUAUGUCUCUGUUUUCGGCGGUCGGACAUGGACUGUGGGUGCAGCGCUAUCAGGAGAAGAAGUCAUUGUUUGAUGUCCCCGAGUCUGACGGCACCUCUUUGUCCCCAAUCACAGCGGCGGUGUACUCGUUUCUGACAAUGAUAAUAGUUCUGCAGGUUUUGAUCCCAAUUUCCUUAUAUGUUUCCAUUGAAAUUGUCAAAGUGUGCCAAGUGCACUUCAUCAACCAGGACAUCGAGCUGUACGAUGAGGAGACGGACUCGCAGCUGCAAUGUCGGGCUCUGAACAUCACGGAGGACCUAGGGCAGAUACAGUACAUCUUCUCCGACAAAACCGGCACUUUAACCGAGAAUAAGAUGGUUUUCCGAAGAUGCACUGUGUCUGGCGUAGAGUAUUCCCAUGAUGCAAAUGCCCGGCGUCUGGCCAGGUACCAGGAGGCAGACUCAGAAGAGGAGGAGGUGGUGCCCAGAGGGGGCUCGUUGCCCCAGCGCGGCAGCUCCGGGAGCCACCAGAGCGUCCGCAUCGUGCACAGGAGCCAGAGCACCAGGUCGCACCGGCGCACAGGCAGCCGCGCUGAGGCCAAGCUGGCCAGCAUGCUGUCCAAGCACACGGCCUUCAGCAGCCCCAUGGAGAAAGACAUCACGCCCGACCCAAAGCUGCUGGAGAAGGUGAGUGAGUGCGGCAGGUGCCUGGCCUUCGCGAGACACCAGGAACACCCGCUGGCCCACCUCUCGCCGGAGCUGUCUGACAUCUUCGACUUCUUCAUCGCCCUCACCAUCUGCAACACAGUGGUGGUCACAUCCCCUGAUCAGCCGCGACAAAAGGUGAGGGUGCGGUUUGAGCUGAAGUCCCCGGUGAAGACGAUAGAGGACUUCCUGCGGCGGUUCACGCCCAGCCGCCUGACCUCGAGCUGCAGCAGCGUCGGGAGCGUGGCUGCCACCAAGUCCGCCCACAAGGCGGGGUCCAGCUUCCUGUCCACCCUGCCCAACGACGGCGCGCUGCUCGGGCUGGAGGAGCGGCUGCUGCGCUACGAGGCUGAGAGCCCCGACGAGGCGGCGCUCGUCUACGCCGCCCGCGCCUACAACUGCACGCUCGUGGACCGGCUGCACGACCAGGUGUCAGUGGAGCUGCCCCACCUGGGCCGCCUCACCUUCGAGCUCCUGCACACGCUGGGCUUCGACUCCAUCCGCAAGAGGAUGUCGGUGGUGAUCAGGCACCCGCUCACCGAUGAGAUUAACGUCUAUACCAAGGGGGCCGACUCGGUGGUCAUGGACCUCCUGCUGCCCUGCUCCGCAGAUGACGCCAGGGGAAGGCAUCAAAAGAAAAUCCGAAGCAAGACUCAGAAUUACCUCAACCUGUACGCGGUGGAGGGCCUGCGCACCUUGUGCAUCGCCAAGAGGGUUCUGAGCAAAGAGGAGUAUGCCUGUUGGCUGCAAAGCCACUUGGAAGCGGAAUCUGCCCUGGACAACCGAGAGGAGCUCCUCUUUCAGUCUGCCAUGCGCCUGGAGACGAAUCUGCAUCUGUUGGGUGCCACUGGGAUUGAAGACCGCCUGCAGGACGGAGUCCCGGAAACCAUUGCUAAAUUGCGUCAGGCGGGUCUGCAGAUUUGGGUUCUCACCGGUGACAAACAGGAAACAGCCAUCAACAUCGCGUAUGCCUGCAAACUGCUGGACCACAACGAGGAAGUCAUCACCCUGAACGCGGAAUCCCAGGAGGUGUGUGCGGCCCUGCUGGACCAGUGCCUCCACUACGUGCAGUCCAGGAGCCCCCACCGUGCCCCUAAGAAGACCGCUGGCAGCCUGAGUAUGGGCUUCUCCCCUGUCUACCCACCCUCCACGGUCACCACCGCCGGCCCCAGCCUGAGCCUCGUGAUCGACGGCAGAAGUCUGGCCUACGCCUUGGAGAAAAACCUGGAGGACAAAUUCCUCUUCCUCGCUAAGCAGUGCCGGUCUGUCCUCUGCUGCCGCUCGACCCCCCUGCAGAAGAGCAUGGUGGUCAAGCUGGUCAGAAGCAAGCUCAAGGCCAUGACUCUGGCCAUAGGAGACGGAGCCAAUGACGUCAGCAUGAUCCAGGUGGCGGACGUGGGUGUGGGAAUCUCGGGCCAGGAGGGCAUGCAGGCAGUGAUGGCCAGCGACUUUGCGGUGCCCAGAUUCCGGUACCUGGAGAGACUCCUGAUCGUUCACGGACACUGGUGCUAUUCCCGACUUGCCAACAUGGUGCUGUAUUUCUUCUACAAAAACACAAUGUUCGUGGGCCUCCUGUUCUGGUUCCAGUUUUACUGUGGCUUCUCCGCGUCCGCCAUGAUCGACCAGUGGUACCUGAUCUUCUUUAACCUGCUCUUCUCCUCGCUCCCCCAGCUCGUGACUGGGGUGCUGGACAAGGACGUGCCGGCUGACGUGCUGCUGACCGAGCCUCAGCUCUACACGAGCGGCCAGAACAGGGAGGAAUACCGGCCUCGCACGUUCUGGCUGAACAUGGCUGACGCCGCCUUCCAGAGCUUGGUGUGCUUCUUCAUCCCUUACCUGGCCUACUACGACUCCGACGCGGACGUGUUUACCUGGGGGACCCCCAUCACUGCCAUCGCACUGUUCACCUUCCUCCUGCACCUGGGCAUCGAAACCAAGACCUGGACCUGGCUCAACUGGACCGCUUGUGGCUUCAGCAUCCUUUUAUUUUUCACCGUGGCUUUGAUUUACAAUGCUUCCUGUGCGACCUGUUACCCUCCAUCCAACCCCUACUGGACCAUGCAGACGCUGAUGGGCGACCCCGUGUUUUACUUGACUUGUUUCAUGGCGCCUGUCGCCGCGCUGCUGCCCAGGUUAUUCUGCAAAGCCCUGCAGGGGAGUCUGUUCCCCACCCAACUUCAGCUGGCACGCCAGUUGGCCAAGAGGUCUCCUGAGAAACUCAGUGCUCCCAAAGGGACCUUUGCUCAGGGACAUGUUCCAGGAGAACCGAGGACUGAACCAUCAGAACAGAGGAGCCUCAGAGCCUCGGGGUCCUUCUCUCAGGACUGCGGCUCGCAGGCGUCCUGGCAUGCGCAGCAGCCGGCCUGCUCCCCGGAGGCCAGUGGGGAGCCCAGUGUGGUGGACAUGGGCGUGCCUCUGCGGGAGGACACCCUGCUGGAAGGGCUGAGCGGCCAGACCCCGGGGGCCUCCUCGCGGGGGCAGGUGGUCCUGGAAGGCUGUCCCGGGUACUCCAGGAGGAAGCCCACCAGCACCAGCAGGGCAGCCCCGCUCUCGUCCAUCUUCAGCCUCCCCAGCUUCAGCUCCCUCAGCUGGAUUUCCUCCCUCUCGCUGGUCAGCGGGCUGGGAAGUGUCCUCCAGUUCUCCCGAAGUGGUUUACAGAUGGGCAAGCGGGACGGUGAGUUCCUGGCCAGCCGCCCGCAGCCAGACCAGGACCUGCGGGGCUUGAGUGGACAGACCACAGACUGCUUCUAGAAGCACCUUCCAGGGACUGUAGCUGACGGUGGCAGCAGUGGAAACCUCGAAAUGCUCUUUUUUUAUAACAGAAAUGUUAAUAUUAUUUAUGUUGUAUUAUUUGCACAAAAGAGUUCUAGCAAGAUGUAUUUUAUAUAUUUCCAAGGCGAACACAGGAAGUGAAAGGUACCCAAAAAGAAAGUUUAUUUUUUAAAAUUUCUAAGUAGAGUAUAUUGAAAAGAAAAAGAAGAGCUUUAACAUAUAUAAAAGUUUAUAGAAGAGUGACACAUGAAAAGAUGUGUUGAAGUUUAUUUUUUCAUCUCAUUUUAUAAGAAAAUGCAGCAGAUUGGUUUUCUUCAACAUGUGUAAAUGUGUGUGAGCGCAGUGAACCCCGGACGGGUGUGGUCGGGAGUGAGGGGAGGUGACACGCGAGCACAGGGCCCCAGCAGAGAUCCCCCACCCUCUCUCUCUCCAUCCCACCACCGGGAGGGUGGGGGCUCUGCUUCUCCAGGAAGGAAAAACUGAGAACUCCGGGAAAACAUGCACACGCACACACACAUGCAUGCCACGUUCAUUCCAACAUCCAUUUCCAUGCAGGCAUUUGGUAAAGGUCACCUGGAGGUAUGAUGGUCCCUGUCUCGGGUCUUGCCUGUCAAACUCAUAACGAGCAAUAAACAACCUUCACUUUGCAAAGAGA